AUGGAUCAUAGCGUAUUCAUGGCCUUUUGUGAAUUCACAGAACAAGCAGCAGGUGUGUACCACAGAGAAGCGAGGUCUGGCAAAUACAAGCUCACCUACGCAGAAGCCAAGGCAGUGUGUGAAUAUGAAGGUGGCCGUCUCGCCACCUACAAGCAACUAGAGGCAGCCAGAAAAAUUGGAUUUCAUGUCUGUGCUGCUGGGUGGAUGGCCAAGGGCAGAGUUGGAUAUCCCAUUGUGAAACCCGGGCCCAACUGUGGAUUUGGAAAAACUGGCAUUAUCGAUUAUGGAGUCCGUCUUAAUAGGAGUGAAAGAUGGGAUGCUUAUUGCUACAACCCACAUGCAAAAGAGUGUGGUGGUGUCUUUACAGAUCCAAAGCGAAUUUUUAAAUCUCCAGGCUUCCCAAAUGAGUAUGAUGAUAACCAGAUCUGCUACUGGCACAUUAGACUCAAGUAUGGUCAGCGUAUUCACCUGAGCUUUUUGGACUUUGACCUUGAAGAUGACCCAGCUUGCUUGGCUGACUAUGUUGAAAUAUAUGACAGUUAUGAUGAUGUCCAUGGCUUUGUGGGAAGAUACUGUGGAGAUGAGCUUCCAGAAGACAUCAUUAGUACAGGAAAUGUCAUGACCUUGAAGUUUCUAAGUGACGCUUCAGUGACAGCGGGAGGUUUCCAAAUCAAGUAUGCUGCUGUGGAUCCUCUAUCCAAAUCCAGUCCAGGAAAAAACACAAGUACUGCUUCUACUGGAAAUAAAAACUUUUUAGCUGGGAGAUUUAGCCAUUUAUAAAACAAAUAAGGACACUCAAGUGUUGAUGUCUGUAUCUUUUGGAACCCCUUUGAUCUCACUUUUAUAUUAUUAGUGGUAGCAUUUAUUUAUUAUUUUUCUAAAUGUGAAAGGCAAUAACUGAUAA